GGCGUUGUUCCCGUUAAAGGGGAACGCCGGGAGCCUCCCACUGCCCCCUUGCUUCGCGCGCGCGCAGCCCCGCAGCGCAGCUUUGGCGGCGCCAGCAGCGGAGCCAACGCACCCGAGUUUGUACUUGAGGCCACCCUGAGGAUCGGGACAGCUGUUCCUUUCGGCUGCAGAAACUCCGCUGAGCAGAACUUGCCGCCAGAAUGCUCCUCCUGUUGCUGGGUAUCAUCGUCCUCCACGUCGCGGUGCUGGUGCUGCUGUUCGUCUCCACGAUCGUCAGCCAAUGGAUCGUGGGGAAUGGACAUGCAACUGAUCUCUGGCAGAACUGUAGCACCUCUUCCUCAGGAAAUGUCCACCACUGUUUCUCAUCAUCACCAAACGAAUGGCUGCAGUCUGUCCAGGCCACGAUGAUCCUGUCGAUCAUCUUCAGCGUUCUGUCUCUGUUCCUGUUCUUCUGCCAACUCUUCACCCUCACCAAGGGGGGCAGGUUUUACAUCACUGGAAUCUUCCAAAUCCUUGCUGGUCUGUGUGUGAUGAGUGCUGCGGCCAUCUACACGGUGAGGCACCCGGAAUGGCAUCUCAACUCGGAUUACUCCUACGGCUUUGCCUACAUCCUGGCCUGGGUGGCCUUCCCUCUGGCCCUUCUCAGCGGUGUCAUCUACGUGAUCUUGCGGAAACGCGAAUGAGGCGCCCAGACGGUCUGUCUGAGGCUCUGAGCGUACACAGGGAAGGGAGGAAGGGAAACUAGAAAACAGAAAAAAAAAAAAAAAAGAGCUAGCCCAAAAUCCCAAACUCAAACCAAACCAAACAGAAAGCAGUGGAGGUGAGGGUUGCUGUUGAUUGAGAUGUAUAUAAUAUCUCCGGUUUAUAAAACCUAUUUAUAACACUUUUUACAUAUAUGUACAUAGUAUUGUUUGCUUUUUAUGUUGACCAUCAGCCUCGUGUUGAACCUUAAAGAAGUAGCUAAGGAACUUUACAUCCUAACAGUAUAAUCCAGCUCAGUAUUUUUGUUUUGUUUUUUGUUUGUUUUGUUUUACCCAGAAAUAAAAUAACUCCAUCUUGCCCCUUCCCUUUCAUCUGAAAGAAGAUACCUCCCUCCCAGUCCACCUCAUUUAGAAAACCAAAGUGUGGGUAGAAACCCCAAAUUUCCAAAAGCCCUUUUCUGGUGGGUGACCCAGUGCAUCCAACAGAAACAGCCGCUGCCUGAACCUCUGUGUGAAGCUUUACGCACACACGGACAAAAUGCCCAAACUGGAGCCCUUGCAAAAACACGGCUUGUGGCUUUGGCAUACUUGCCUUACAGGUGGAGUAUCUCGGUCACACAUCUAAAUGAGAUAUCAGUGACAACAAAUCUUUGAAAUGGUGCUAUGGAUUUACCAUUCCUUAUUAUCACUAAUCAUCUAAACGACUCACUGGAAAUCCAAUUAACAAUUUUACAACAUAAGAUAGAAUGGAGACCUGAAUAAUUAUGUGUAAUAUAAAUGGUUUAUAACUGCUUUUGUACCUAGCUAGGCUGCUAUUAUUACUAUAAUGAGUAAAUCAUAAAGCCUUCAUCACUCCCACAUUUUUCUUACGGUCAGAGCAUCAGAACAAGUGUCUAGACUCCUUGGGACUGUGAGUUCCCAGAGCUUGGCUGGGUCUAGGCUGUUCUGUGCCUCCGAGGACUGUCUGGCGAUGACUUGUAUUGGCCACCAACUGUAGAUGUAUAUAUGGUGCCCUUCUGAUGCUAAGACUCCAGACCUUUUGAUUUUGCUUUGCAUUUUCUGAUUUUAUACCAACUGUGUGGACUAAGAUGCAUUAAAAUAAACAUCAGAGUAACUCA